GCAGGGGAGAAGAUUCAAGGUCCAGAGAGUUAGGUAUUUUUGAUACAUAGAAAUAUAUACAGAGAGCAGAGAAGAGCAGCUGUGUGUAUAGGCGAGAUGGAUCCAGAUGCAGUGGCCAAGGCGUUUGUGGAGCACUACUACUCAACAUUCGAUAACAAUCGUUCGAAUCUGGGGAAUUUGUAUCAGGAAGCUUCGAUGUUGACUUUCGAAGGUCAGAAGAUUCAAGGCUCCGUCAAUAUCGUUGCUAAGCUUACUUCUCUCCCGUUUCAGCAGUGUAAACAUAGCAUCUCCACUGUUGAUUGUCAGCCUUCUGGUCCUGCUGGUGGUAUGCUUGUUUUUGUCUCCGGGAAUCUUCAGCUCGCUGGCGAACAGCAUGCUCUUAGGUUUAGUCAGAUGUUCCAUUUGAUGCCUACACCACAGGGAAGCUUUUAUGUGUUGAAUGACGUAUUCCGGCUGAAUUACGCUUGAAGCUAGUUGGACAAGAUUUCAGAGAGUGGACUCGUAUUCAGUUUAAUAUUUGUGAUCAGAUUCAGUUUUAUUACGUACUCUUUUAAGUAAAAAAUUGAGAACUGGUGAAGAUUUCAGUUGGUUUUUCGUGAUGAUUAUUGCUGUUGUACUCUCCUGAGUCCUGUCUUCAUACACUCAGAGAUUUUCAUCCUUUUGAUUCAAUGAUAUGUGGUUUGUCCCUAUAA